AUGAAGACAACCUAUGAAGUUCAUAGCAACCUCAUGCUUGAUCAGGUACAGCGGUAUGCUAAAGCUGAGUCAGAUGCCGUGGAGUCACGUAUGGAAAACCGACUUAGCUCCAUGUUGCAAAAAGCACAGGCGGAAAAAAUCAUCGAAUCUCGCCGUCAAGCUGAAGCGACACAAGCUGUUGCGGACAAACUUGAGGGCACCACUGAACGCUUUCACGCCGAAGUAGAAGAGUUGAAGACACGGAUGAAGGAACUAGAGGACAAGGCGGCAUUUCCCCCUGCACUACCGCGGACACCGCGGACAGGGGAUUCGACUGUCGGCAAGUUAUCAGACAGCGAAAAGGAUAUUGCUUCGGCUAUUGUUGGCCACUUGAAUGAUCUAGCGAAGCAACAACAGCGUGCCCAAGAUGAGCAGACAGACCGUAUUGCAACGCGUGUUCAAGCAGAGCUGCGUCGCGCGUUAACCGUUGCGUCAAGCCCAACCGCUCCUCCAGUCCAACCGGUUUCAUCUCGAAAUGCCGAAAGCAAGUCAAUGCCAAGAAAGCCUAAAGUACUAUCUCGACGCAGUGACAAGCUUGAACGGACGAUCGCCCAAGCCCAAAAAGAAGUCAAGCGCCGUUCAGAGCUAGCGGCACGUCGAUUUGAUACUGCACUGCACGGAUGA